AUGGAUAAAAUUGUGAUUGUUGAUGACACUUUCAUUUCUUGGUUUAGGAAGAGAGUAAUGGCCGAGACACUCUUGUCGUUUGGAGUUCAGCAGCUCUGGAACCUUCUUGUCCGAGAAACUAAUAGAUUUAACGGCGUAGAUGAGCAAAUCACUGAACUCAAAAGUGAUAUAAACCUGCUGAGGUCCUUCUUGAAAGACGCAGAGACGAAGCAACAUGCAAGUGCCUUGGUGAGAAACUGUGUUGAGGAGAUCAAAGAAAUUGUGUUUGACACGGAAGAUAUCAUCGAGACAUUUAUUCUCCAUGAAGAGCUUAAAAAAACAAGUGGUGUCAGAAGGCGCAUGAGAAAAAUUUCUCGCACUGUAGUGGACCGGUGGGUAGUUGCUUCAGAAAUGGAAGGGAUACGCAAGAGGAUCUCCAAAGUGAUUCGUGAUAUGCAGAGCUUUGGGGUGCAACAGGUGAUCAUUGAUGGCGGCGAGACUUUACAUUCUCUACAGGAAAGACAAAGGGAGAUGCGACACAGUUUUCCCAGUGACAACGAAAGCAAUUUCGUGGGGUUGGAGCCAAACGUGAAGAAAUUGGUUGGGUAUUUGGUAAAUGAGGAUAGCAUUCAAGUUGCUUGCAUUUGCGGGAUGGGCGGUAUUGGCAAGUCUACUCUGGCCCGACAGGUUUUUAACCAUGAGAUGGUAAAAAACUUUUUUGAUGGAGUUGUCUGGGUCUGUGUCUCACAACAUUUCACACGGCAAUAUGUGUGGGGGACGAUCUUGCAGAAGCUCAGUUCAGAAUAUGACGAGGAGAGAGUGGCAAGUAUGACUGAAGACGAGCUUCAGGAAAAUAUAUUUCGAUCGUUGGAAGCUAGUAACUAUCUGAUAGUCCUAGAUGAUAUGUGGAAAGAAGAAGAUUGGGACAGAAUAAAGAAAGUGUUUCCACCUACAAAAGGUUGGAAGAUACUGCUCACUUCUCGCAAUGAGGGAGUGGCAUUACAUGUAGAUCCCAGAUGUAUCAUUGUUAAACCGGAAUGCUUAACCGUUGAAGAAAGUUGGACCCUCUUUAAAGUGAUAGCAUUUCCAAGGAAAGGUACGACCGAAUUGAAGGUUGAUGAAAUGGAAGAGAUGGGGAGGCAGAUGAUCCAACAAACUGGAGGUCUACCGUUGGCUGUAAAAGUGUUAGGAGGGAUUUUAGCUUCACAAAAGACACUGCUUGAGUGGAAAAGGGUGUAUCAGAAUAUCAGUUCUCGCAUCGUUGGAGGGACCAGCUUCAAUGACAGAAACAUCAGCUCGGUUUAUCACGUUCUGCAUCUGAGCUUUGAAGAGCUGCCAGCUUAUCUGAAGCACUGCUUUCUCUACCUUGCCCAUUUUCCAGAAGACGAUCCCAUAGAUGUUGAGGAGUUGUCCUAUUACUGGGCCGCAGAAGGAAUACCAAGGCCGAGGUAUUACGAUGGAGCGACCAUCCGGGAUGUCGGAGAUGGAUACAUUGAAGAAUUGGUGAAGAGGAACAUGGUUAUCGCUGAAAGAGACGCUGGUACUUCGAGAUUUGAAACAUGCCAGUUGCAUGACAUGAUGAGAGAAGUUUGUCUGCGUGAAGCUGAAGAUGAGAAUUUCUUACAAAUUUUUCAGGAAAGGAGAAGUACCGUGGCCUCAGUUGCAAACUCUCAGUCUCCUUUCAGACCUCGCAGAGUCGUCAUACCUGAGUGGUUUCCUACAUUUCGCUUAGAGAAUCCAAAAGUUAGAUCUUUGCUGUGUAGCACAGGCGCAAAAAAGAAAUAUUUCCUGCGCCAUGGGUACAAAAAAAUGGACUCAGGCUUUUCCUUUAAAAAGCUAGAAUUGAUCAGAGUGUUAGAUCUUUCUUGGGUCUGGUUUGACGGAUUACAGUUACCGUCUGGCAUUGGGAAGCUUAUUCACUUGAGAUAUUUGAGCUUAUUUCAGUCAACCAUACGUUUUCUACCGUCUUCUAUGCGAAAUCUGAAGUUGUUGAUCUAUCUAAACCUAGCUGGAACGUUUAGUACUCACGUCGUCAACAUGCUAACUUUCUUGAAAGAGAUGCGAGAAUUGGUAUACUUGUGUCUCCCGGGGAGUAUGCAUCAGAAAGAAAAGUUGGAAUUGACUAAUUUAGUCAACCUGGAGACGUUGGAGAACUUCUCGACAGAACAUGGGAGUCUGAGUGAUCUCCAGGGUAUGACACGGCUCAGGGCUCUGUCUAUUCAUAUCAAAGGCCAAGGCUUUACAAUGGAAGCUCUAAUUUCGUCUCUGCGUGAGUUGAGACACCUGGAACACCUUUCUGUUACAGAUUGGUGCAAGGCGAAUGCUUCCACGAAUGAAAUUGUUUUGGAUUACAUCAAUCUCAAACAGCUGAAGCUGGUGAUAUAUAUGCCAAGGUUACUUGUUGACCAACAGUUGCCUUCUCACCUUACAACCAUAACUCUAUCACAUUGUCGUUUCGAAACGGAUCCGAUGCCGAUUCUGGAGAAGCUGCUGCACCUAAAGGAGGUUUCUUUAUGCUCUCAAUCUUUCUGUGGGAUGAGAAUGGUUUGUUCGUCGGGUGGGUUUCCUAGAUUGCAGAAGCUAACACUAUGGGGACUAGAGGAGUUGGAAGAGUGGAUAGUAGAAGAAGGCUCCAUGCCACUUCUCCAUUCUCUCGAGAUUUGGAGUUGUAAGAAGUUAAAGGAGGUUCCUGAGGGGCUGCGAUUCAUCACUUCCUUAAAGGAUCUGAGUUGCCAUGGUAUGGGAGAGGAAUGGAAGGUGAGAUUGUCGGAAGGAGGAGAAGAUUAUUACAAAGUCCAACGCAUCCCUUCUGUUAGAUAUGUGGAAAAGGUUCACAUUGAGAAAACGAGGUUAUGGGCGAUGUGAUUUGUGACAGGAUACAUACAGCCGCGAUGCCGCUCACUCAAUUAUCUGGUUCUAUAGUGUCUUUAAUUUCCAGUUUAGUAAUUUUAUUCAUGUACUUCGGUACAGCAAACAUAUGUAAGUGUUCUCUAUUACGAGAAUCAGACAAACAAUUAUCUUGUUCAAUCUCUG